UUCAGCAUCGCGUUCGGUCGCACCGUCCCCCCAAAAGGAGCCCCAACGCUUACAGAGUUAACGACCUACCUCCGCACCGAACUCGAAAACCGAUAAUCAAACGCACAAAUCAAAAAGCCAGCAAAAAGCAAUCAUCAUGAUCAAAGCGAAAGACUCGACGUGGCUGCUGCUCAUUUGUCUGUUAAUUGGACAACUCUAUGUGCCCAGCCUUGGAUCCCCUAUAGAAGGAGAUCAAACAGACUAUCAGGAAGAUGACUAUGACUAUGGUGAUCUUGAUGAUGGAGCCGAUGACUCAUCCAAGGGUGAUGUUCCAGCCACCUUGGAUAUUACCAUGCCACCGCCUUACUUUGAGGAGAACGAUCUCAGGAUCGAGGCCAAGCCGGGUGAAGAUGUGGUCCUCAACUGUGAUGCCCGCAAUUUCCAGCUGAGCAACGCUGUGAUGUGGUACAAAAACAAGACCAUUAUUGCCAAUGGCCAGAAUGCCAUUGGUCAUCGCGUGGAGUGCAUGGCCAAUAACUCCAUCCUACUGAGGGACGCCUCCGCGGAGGACUCCGAUGACUAUUACUGCGAGAUCCUGCCACAGAUGGUCCGACAGCACACGACACUGCGGGUGGGCGCCCGGCUGUCGAUCCUCUGCGACGAUCGCGAUGUUACGGAUCGCUCGCAGACGUUCAGGCAGGGUGACCACCACAAGCUCGAGUGUCGGACAUAUCUGCCGGGCGAGAAUACCAUCAAGUGGUCAUUUAAUGGUCUUCGCUUGGAAUCAUCACCCGAGGACAUUAAGAAUGGCGUUGUUAUAUUGGAUAAUAUUGAUGAGGAGAAUGCUGGGGUGUAUCAGUGCCUGGGGGAUGAUGGCAGUCGUGAUCCUCCCCAUGGCAUGGUCACCGUUGAUGUUCAGUACAGUCCCAAGGUGUCCACCCAUCGGCAUCAUGUGAACACCGAAGAGGGUCACACCGCGGAACUGUACUGCAACUAUCGGGCUAAUCCCAUUGGUAGGAGUUACUUCAUCAAGGACGGCAAGACCCUGCAGCUCUCCGAGAAGUACUCGCUAAAGGACUCCGCCCACAAUGGACACAAUCGCACCACGUUAAUCAUCAGGGAAGUGGGUAAAGCGGAUCUGGGAGAAUAUUUGUGCCAGGUGGAGAAUGCCAUUGGUUCGAAUGAGGUGAAGGUGCAUGUCAGUUACAAUCCAGAGACGCCGCAAUUCGAGGACAUGAAGGUGGAGGGCACCAAGGUGACCAUGCACUGGCUGGUGAGGAGUCGUCAGCCGCUCUCUGAGGCCAUAUUGGAUUACCAGCUAACGGGGUCCUACACUUGGAGCACAGUCUCAGUGCUCCAGACACAUCGCCACAAUCACACCGAGGGCAUCUGGAAGAUCACACAUCAACUGGACCUGCCACGACGCGGCCUGUGGCAUGCUCGUGUGAAGGCAAAGAACACCCAUGGUUGGUCCAAUUUCUCGCCGGAUCAUGAUUUCCAAAUCGAGGAUGAUGAUGAAUCAAUCGUUGCUCCCGAUAUGGAUCUGCCGCCGGAGCAGAUUAUGCAGGCGGGCAUUGGCAUCACCCGAGGAGGAGCUGCAUCAGCCAUAAGGCAGCUACCCCUGAUGACUCUUGGAUGCGGAGUGCUCCUGGCCUCGCUCCUGCUGCGCCUCCGCCACUAAAGCCUCUAAGAAAAAGGGGAAGUGUAUAUACGUUUUUCCGGAUUACGCGACCGCAAAGAAUAGGAAACGAGGAGAAACUAAAGUAUUCUAAUUAUACAAAAUGCUAAUGCGCGCGCCUGCUAGCUUGGGUCAAUGUUAAUGUUAAUGCUAAAGUACACACACGCUGGAGCGAUCACCACUAAAACAUUUGUGCCAAGCCAGGGAAUUUGGACCGCAACGAGGAGGAGAAAGAGGAUGAGUGAUAGAAGAACGGCAAUUAAAGUUAAUUUAGUUUAGUUAAAGUUUAAAGUUAAAGUUUGAUGAAUUGACAUUGCAACGAGCCGAAAGAGAAUGUGAACAUUUUUUUAAUUAGGACACAAAAACUGCGACGAUCGGUUUAAAACCGCCCAAAAAAAAGAAGAAAAGAAAUUGGAAACCUUUUUUGAUUAACCUUAGCUAUAAUAUUUAUUUGUUUUAUAUGUAUGCAUGUGAAAGUUGGCAAGACGAAGAGAGAGAGAGAGCAUCCUUGUUACCUGAAACGGAAACGGAAACAUAAAUAGGGCUCGAGUCGCUUCCGGGUAACGAUCUAGUGACUUUUUAGGAUUUGCAAUACUUACACAAUAUUUUUGUACAGCCAAGCGUACUUAACGUACUGGUUAGUGUAGUGGGAGUAUCAAUGGGAAGUUGGGAAGAGAUCUGUCAAAGGGCACGCGAAUUAUUUUAUAUACACUAGACCAAAGCUUAGAAAUACACAUGAGGUAAACAGCAGCACACCAUACAUAUGAAACCUACUUUUACGAAACUACGCCACAUCAAAAUGGAAACGGAAACGGAAACAAAAACUGGACAAAUCAGGGGAGCGGGAAGGUAAUUUGGGAUAUACACAUACACUACUUACUAUAUAUGAUAGAGGGUUUUGUCAUUGAUUCUGCUACAAUACCUGAUGAAGAAUAUCGCCAUAACAUGCUGACCAUAUAAUCCAAUUGUGAGUGUAGGUACAUAUAUUUUAUAUAUAUUUUAUUUAAGAAUCAUAUAACAUUAGAGCUGAUCAAUAAACGUGCCAAUUGAAGCAAUCAAGCGAAUCUUAUUGCUCAAAAUCAAAUGAUAAAGAAAUGAUAAACAUCAAAAAAAACAAAAUAAAAGUUCCAUAAACAAAGUUUUGACGAGGACCUGAUUUCGAAUGCCGACCUUUAAGCAUAUACAUAUAUACAGAAUCAUAUAUAUAUAUAUAUAUAACGAUAUACUUAAAAGCCAGUGUCUUACAUGAAUAUUGUCAUUUUCGUUGAGUCCAUGGAUAAGCUAAAACACAAAUAUAAAUAAACUAAACGAAGAAA